AUGUCCCAUUUUCGUAAACGAUGUGUCUUGUUUGUUUUGGCGAGUGCCCUUGUACUGUUAGUUCUCUACGCUAAUACGAGGGACGCUCUUUGGUCAAAUGACGAUAUUGAAGAGACACCUGUCGAGAAAGACAACCGUUCUUUUUUUGCCGAUGGAAUGGAGGAGUCAUUAGAACCGGAUUUGGGCUGGAGUGGAACCAUCUGUGAUGGCGGUUCGUGGCUAAACCACAGCAAACUGCGUCAAUACUGUCAACACCCUGCUGUUUUAAGUGUGGCUGUUUCUCCCGUGUACUGUGAGAUGAUUCUGCGCCCCGGUCCGCCUCCGUGUGGGUUUUACGUUGGGGGUGUGUUCCGGAAGCCACUGAAGCUGCUCUCAUUAGAUGCACUGAAACAGCAGCUGCGUGGGGAGCCUGAGGCGUGUUUUUCCCCGGCGACGUACAACGGUCCGCAGAGCAACGCAACGCUUGUUGCCUCCGACAUUGGUAAUGCCUCAGACGCUGUGUUUGAGGUUCGGCCAGCUGCAUGCCCGAGCUAUCGUUACUUCAGUCCGCGUGUGGCGCUGUCAAUACUGCACCAUGCGAGCAUUGGUCGCAACGGGCGUGGGGCUCUUAUUACUGGUGACUCGAUGGUGCGUCAGGUGUUAUUAAGACUGAUGUUCUUUCUUCGGGGUGAGGAGGUAUUCUCUGAGCGUCACUUUCAGCGUGACGUCCUGUACGUUGUAUAUGAGGACCGUGAUGAGUUUAUUUUCGAAUUGGGAUGCCAGCACAACAAUCUUCUAAAAAAGUACUAUCCUGGGUACAGGCCACCUUCUGGAAGCAGUAGUUGUCCUCAUGCAGCUCCGCUGGGUGGGCGUGUGGUAGCCAUUUUUCUGUAUCUGUGGGAUCCGUUGUUGCACAAAUUCCGUGAAGAUGCACUGCUGAUCAAGGAUCCCCCUGUGCACAUUUCUUCCUUUAUGUACUGGUUUUUCCAUGAGUUUGAUCGCCCUGAUAACAUUGAUAAAUACUUUUCCCGCAUUCGAAGCCGUGCUGGUGGUGCAGUGUCAAAUCGCACUGCUUUUUCAGACUUUCUGUAUUACACGACCCCUUUUACCAGUAAGAUAUCGUCCCAUUGUAUCCCUGAUAACGUGCGCGUUGCGAGGAAUGCACGUAUGUGUAAGCUGAUAAAAGAGAUGGACGGCAAAACGUCUAUAGGUAGAGGAGAAGGACAGAGAAUGUCAUUGGUGGACUUUGCUGCCAUAACAGAUGCGCGACAUGUAGAGCGGGUCGUUGACAAAAUGCAUUUUAUGUGUGAUUUUGAGCCAGGGUACCCCAAUGUUGUGAUGAGGCAUAAAGUUGCACAUAUUAGCUGCAGGGAUUCUAUGAACUUAGCGUUGCUGCAGUGGACGCUGCGUCUUCUGUGGGCCCGUGGUUUUGCACCAUAA